AUGCCCGUGACCACGCUCGUCGUCGGCGGCCUGGUGGCGCACUUCUCGCUCAUGGUGGCCACCGUGCUCUUCACCAGCCAGGCCGCGCACGAGGAGGAUAGGCACCCGCGGUCGAAGAAGGGAAAGCAGGGUCCGCGGUCGACGUCGACGAAGGGAUCGCUGUCGAAGUCGACGAAGGGAUCGUUGUCGAAGUCGACGAAGGGAUCGUUGUCGAAGUCGACGAAGGGAACGCGCUCGAAGAAGGGAAAGCAGGGGCCGCGGUCAUCGCCUUAUCUGUUGAUCAACGAGUUUGGCGGGGUGGGGGAGGGGCAUGAGAUGGUGUUCAAGGGUCAGGGCGCGAAGGGCGAGGACUCGAAGCGCGCGGCCAACGAUUCCAAAGGCAAGGACUCCAAGGGCGCUGUCAAAGACGCGAAGCCCAAGCUCAAGGACUCCAAUCCCAAGCUCAAAGACGCAUCACCCAACCUCAAGGACUCCACGCCCAAGCUCAAGGGCGCGGUCAAGGGCGCCGUGAGCAAGGCGAAGGAGGCGGUCGGCAAAGUCAAAGGCGCGAAGCGGGGCUCCGCGAAGGACGAGGUGGCGAUGAAGAACAUGUCGGGCGCGGACAAAGAGGCGGGGUCGGACGCUGACAAAGAGGCGGGGUCUGAUGCGAAGCCCAUUGCGGACAAAGACGCUGGCACGGCGAGGAGCAACCGCUUUGCUCGGCCGGCGCCGGUUGCGCAGGAAGACGCGAGGCUCGAUGCCCAGGCAUGGCAGACGCCGCCAACUUCUGCGCCCGCCCCCUCUGCCGAGAAGACGCUCAUCACUACCAUUGAACCCGCAUCCACGACCUCCAGCGACUCGAAGUCCUCCGCUACCGAGACAAAGCCUGCUCCCAAGCCCGAGGCUGAGGACGAGGAAGACAGCGACUCGGACGACGACGACUCUGAUAGCGACGACUCUGACGACGAAGACCUUGAGAUGAUCACGAUCCCCGAGGAGGAGGCCGCGGCUGUACGAUUUGCAGAGGAGAACGAAGAGCCAAGCUUCGAGCGUGCUAAGGAUGUCUCCUUCACGAAGCGACAGCUCCAAGCGAAGAACUUGCGACCUUCGACCCGGCUUCUUCGUGCACGAUACAACUUCGCCCACGGUGAUGAGUAUGAGGAAUAUCUGCAGGACAAGGCCGAGUCGCAAGCCCUCGACGCCGAGCUCCGCGCUUCAGUGCACCUUCCUGUCGACGAGAAGAAGCGCCAGAAGCGGCUGCACAACCACUACGAGAGCGACAACAUCACCCUGCGCAUGUUGCUCAUUUACAUGCUUCAGAAGAAUAUCGAGGAGUCUCUGAAGUCGGGGGAUGGGGAACACAAGUACUAUAGUGUACCCGCAUAG